AUGGUGGGAAGGAUCCAAAGCCAGUAUCCUCCCCUUACCAUAUGGGUCCAUCUAUUCUUUGGCAAUAUAAUGGGCCUUGAAAAUUAUCAAAGAAGAAACAUGGAGAAGGAACGUCCUCAUCAUGUACUCCAUUUCUUGCACAUUCAAUACAUGCCGGCUUGUACAGACGAUACGUACACUCAAAGAUCCCUCGAUGAUGAAAAUGAAAUAGAUAAGAUGGAAUGUGAUGAAACAGAAAGGAUGGAAAGCAAAAUCAUUUACUCUGCAACAGAACUUCGCUUGGCGGGAGUCAGAUUGAAGGCAGCUAAUACGGAUAGAAACCUAUUCGACAUAAGGUUUACUACUGCUUUUAGUUGUAAUAGCUGCUCCACUCUGUUUGUAAAAGGUUACAUAGAAAUUCCACCUUUCUCUGUCUCUGAUUCCACGGAGUCAGUCUUGAGAAACCUCAUCGCUUUCGAGCUAAGCUGUCACUGGAUUCCUAGUUACUUCACAUCAUUUGCGUUCCUCAUGGAUCUCCUCAUCAAUACUCCCGAAGAUGUUAAAUUGUUCGAGGAUGCAGGAAUCAUACGCAAUUAUUUAGGUUCGAGGGAAGAAGUGGCCCGGCUUUUCAAUGGUAUUUGCCAGAAUGCCAAUCCGAGUGGUUUCCAUUACACUAAGCAAUACAAGCAGGCGAUGGAUUUCUGCACGCCUUGGCGAGUUUCUACCGCAAGGUUCAGACAAUAUUAUUUUGGUAGUGCAUGGUCAGGGAUAUCAGUCAUUGCUGCCAUCAUCCUUUUCACCCUCGCGUUUAUGCAGACCCUAUACAGCAUGCUUUCCUUUUAUUAA